AUGAGCGAGGCGGCCGCCUCCUCCCAGGGGCCCUCCACGCCGCCGGGGACCCCCAAGUUCAAGCAGAGGCAGACGCGCCAGUUCAAGAGCAAGCCGCCCAAGAGAGGGGUCAAAGGGUUCGGCGACGACAUUCCCGGCAUGGAGGGGCUCGGGACAGACAUCACCGUCAUCUGCCCGUGGGAGGCGUUCAGCCACCUGGAGCUGCACGAGCUGGCGCAGUUCGGCAUCAUCUGA